AGCGAGGCGGGUGUCGGGAGGAAAUACCGUUUACAAACAGGAAGUGUGCGGAGGUUUCGCGGGCGGCGGGCGAGCCCCAUGGAGGCCUACGAGCAGGUCCAGAAGGGCCCCCUGAAGCUGAAAGGCGUCGCGGAACUGGGCGUGACGAAGCGGAAGAAGAAGAAAAAGGACAAAGACAAGGCCAAGCUGCUGGAGGCCAUGGGGACGAGUAAGAAGAGCGAGGAGGAGAAGAGGCGCUGCCUGGACAAGCGCACGCCGGCGCAGGCGGCCUUCGAGAAGAUGCAGGAGAAACGGCAAAUGGAAAGAAUCCUGAAGAAGGCGUCCAAAACCCAUAAGCAGAGAGUGGAGGACUUCAACCGACACCUGGACACACUCACCGAGCACUAUGACAUUCCUAAAGUCAGCUGGACCAAGUAACUUGCCCCGGUGCAAAAGACAGGUCAGGCUGGCUGUUUUGCUCACCUCGGUGUUUUCUAGAAUGCCCUACACCUGCCUGGUACAUCUGCUGAAACCAGACUUUUCUGAAACUUGAUUAAAGUCAGGCUGUCCUUUCA